CCCCCCCAAGCAUCAGUGCCGCACACAGCAUCAGUGCCGCACACAGCAUCAGUGCCGCACACAGCAUCAGUGCCGCACACAGCAUCAGUGCCGCACACAGCAUCAGUGCCGCACACAGCAUCAGUGCCGCACACAGCAUCAGUGCCGCACACAGCAUCAGUGCCGCAC